AUGAGCAGGAGCAGGGCGCCGCUGGUGGUCUUCACGCUCCUCAUGGCCCUGGUCGCGCUGGCGGAGGAGGUGGCCAGCAAGAACAAGAACCGAGGUCGAGGUAGCAUGUGGUGGGGGAUCGCCAAGGCGGGAGAGCCCAACAACCUGCUGCCCCACUCGCCGGGCGCGCUGCGCGUGGACCCGGCCGUGCACGCCACGCUGAGGCGCAAGCAGCGGCGCCUGGCGCGCGAGAACCCGGGCGUGCUGGUGGCCGUGGCGCGCGGCGCCAACCAGGCCGUGCUCGAGUGCCAGCACCAGUUCCGCGACCGCCGCUGGAACUGCUCCACGCGCAACUUCCUGCGCGGCAAGAACCUCUUCGGCAAGAUCGUGGACCGGGGUUGCCGCGAGACGGCCUUCAUCUACGCCAUCACGAGCGCCGGGGUGACGCACGCGGUGGCGCGCGCCUGCAGCGAAGGCAGCAUCGAGUCGUGCACGUGCGACUACAGCCACCAGGUGCGCUCGCCCAACGCCGCCCCCAGCAGCGCCGCCGCCGCCGCCGGGGGCGUGCGCGACUGGGAGUGGGGCGGCUGCUCCGACAACAUCGGCUUCGGCUUCAAGUUCUCGCGGGAGUUCGUGGACACGGGCGAGAAGGGCCGGAACCUGCGGGAGAAGAUGAACCUGCACAACAACGAGGCCGGCCGAGCGCACGUGUCCUCCAACAUGAGGCAGGAGUGCAAGUGCCACGGCAUGUCCGGCUCGUGCACUGUCAAGACGUGCUGGAUGCGUCUGCCGAGCUUCCGGCUGGUGGGCGACAACCUCAAGGACCGCUUCGACGCCGCCUCGCUCGUGAUGGUCAGCAACGCCGGCAGCCUGCGCGGCCAGCCCGGCGGGGGCAAGCGGAAGAGGUACAGCUUCCAGCUGCAGCCGUACAACCCGGACCACAAGCCCCCGGGGGUGAAGGACCUUGUGUACCUGGAGGCCUCACCCGGGUUCUGCGAGCGGAACCCCCGCCUCGGCAUCCAGGGCACGCACGGCCGGCGCUGCAACGACACGUCAAUCGGCGUGGACGGCUGCGACCUCAUGUGCUGCGGCCGGGGGCACCGCACCCAGGAGGUGGUGGUCGUCGAGAGGUGCGCGUGCACCUUCCACUGGUGCUGCGAGGUCAAGUGCAAGCUCUGCCGCACCAAAAAGACCGUGCACACGUGCUUGUGA